UUUCUGCUAUGGAACUUGUACAUAAGCAGACAGUACCAAGUACAAAAACACACCUUGAUCCCUCUUUGGCCGGGGUGGAGUAGCAUCCCAUACUCCCACCUCCAAAACCCAAUUCACAAUUUACAAAACUCAACUCUAAAAUUUCCCUUUGUUCUUUUAGCAAAUUCCCAAUAAAUUCUCCAGAUUUUCGUCCCAAUUCCCCCAAAAUAAACCCUAAUAAUUUCUUACCAUUCAUCUGUAAAUUACCCCCAAUAAACUCAAAAUUUAGAUGAAAAUGGCUGACAUUUCAUCUCCGUCGCCGAACCCAAUUCAAUCCAAUAAUCAAUUGAUCGAACCCACAAACCCACAACUUCAAUCAUCGUCAUCGGCUUCAGCGGCAGUUGUUGUGGGGACACCAUCUUCUUCCUCCAAUUUAAUGCAGCCUUCUCCUUCAGCAACGCCGUCUUCGGUGGAUCUUCCCCCGCAAAUCCCAUUAAAUUCGUCCCAGCAGCAGCAAUUGGUGCAGCAACAGCAGCAGCAGCAGCCGAUCCAGGUACAGCAGCAGCAGCAGCAAUUGGUGCAAUCCCAGCAGCAGCAGCAAUUGAACCUACAACAGCAGCAGCAGCAGCAAAUUCAGCAAAUUCAGCAGCUUCAGCAACAGCAGCAGCAAAUUCAGCAACAGAGUAGUGGUAAUGCAGGUAAUAAUAACAGCAAUGGUGGGAAUAAUUUGAUGGCUGCUGCUGCGGUGGCGAAUUUCCAGAUGCAGCAGAGUUUGCAGAGGUCCCCGUCGAUGGCGAGGCUGAGCCAAAUGCAGCAGCAGCAGCAGCAGCAGCAGCUUGGGAUGAUGAGACAACAGGCUGGGAUUUAUGGGCAGAUGAAUUUUGGUGGCAACGCGCUUCAGCAGCAGCAACAACAGCAGCAACAGCAACAGAAUCAACAGCAGCAGCAACAGAUGGGGCAGAUGGCUCAGAUGGGCAGUGGGAACUUAUCAAGGUCCGCAUUGAUGGGACAGACUGGCCACCUUCCAAUGCUUUCUGGUCAAGCUGCAGCUGCUGCUGCCCAGUUCGAUUUACAGUCCCCGUUUUUGACUUCGCCACGGCAGAAGGCUGGUAUGAUGCAAGGGUCUCAACUCCAUUCUGGGAGUUCAACUGGGCAAGCUUUGUCAGGAAUGCAGGCCAUGGGGAUGAUGGGUCCCAUCUCUCAACUUAGGGCCAAUGGACCGAUGGCAUAUUCUCAACAAAGGAUAAAUCAGGGCCUGAGGCAGCAUUUGUCACCGCAAAGUCAACUUGCUAUCAAUCAGAAAUUACAGACUCAGGGUGUCCCAAGGACGUCGUUAAUGAAUGCCCAAUUAUCUGCGUUGGCUCAGAAUGGACAGCCAGCUUUGAUGCAGAAUAGUAUAUCACAACAGCAGUGGUUGAAGCAAAUGCCAUCUCCUAAUUCUCCCUCAUAUCGUCUUCAACAGCAGAGGCAACCGUUCCAUUCGCAGCAACAGCUAUCCUCACAGUUGCACCAGAAUUCUAUGGCAUUGCCGCAGCAGUUAGCACAUAUGGUUCAACAGCAGCCACAGAUUGGGCAUUCUCAGAUCCAUCAGCACCAACAACAGACACAGUCAACCCAACAGCAACAACAGCAGCAGCCACAGCCACAGCCACAGCCACAGCAGCAACAGCAACAGCAGCAGCAGAAUCAACAACUGCAGCCGCAGCAGCAACAACUACAAUCAGCUUUGCAUCAGCAGCAGCAGUCUCCCAGGAUGGUAGCCUCUGCAGGACAGAAGUCUCUUAGUUUGACUGGGUCACAGCCAGAUGCUACUACAUCUGGAACAACUACACCAGGGGGAAGCUCGAGUCAAGGUACUGAAGCAAGCAAUCAACUACUGGGCAAGAGAAGGAUACAGGACUUAGUUUCACAGGUAGAUCCACAAGGAAAGCUGGAUCCUGAAGUUGAGGACCUUCUUUUGCAAGUUGCUGAUGACUUUAUUGACUCGGUGACUUCAUUCGCUUGCGGCUUGGCAAAGCAUCGGAAAUCAUCAACUCUGGAAGCCAAGGAUGUAUUGCUGCAUCUAGAGAAGAACUACAAAUUGACUAUCCCUGGUUUCUCUAGUGAAGAGAAGAAGCAUCAACAGAACCAUUUACAGGCAAACUUGGUUUGGGAUGGGGUCCUAAGCUUGAAAUGGACUGCUAAGAAGUUAAUUUGGAAAUACCAUUUCUGUGCAAAGCCACCAAGUGAUGCUCACAGAAAACGUAUGGAGGUGAUACAUGCUUUGAUGGAGUCAUCCUCUGAAGCAACUACGAGUAAUGCUGCGGAGAUGCGCAGAACAGGCACUUGGCAACCAAGCUGUUAAGCAACACAUACUCCAUGAACUUGCAGGUUCUCUGAUGCAAAAGUUGGUCAACUUUCAUGGACUGAUCUGGUCCAGAAGAUGUACAAAGAAGUUUGGACCCAUCAUAUAAAGUACUGUGAACCUAAGUCAUAGAUGAUCUACUGUUCAACUGAUCCCAUCCUAGUUUAAUAGCUUAAUUAGCUUGACAGGAUGAAGGGGGUUAUAAGCAUGUAAACUCUCUAGGACCCUCACCCCCCUACUUGCCAUGUCAGUUAGGGAUUCAAACAGUAGUAGAACUGACUAUUAAUUAUAUACAUAUUUGCAUGUAAACUAAAGUUUUGGUUUAUAGGGCAAUCUCUGUGUAUAAAAUUUGCUGGAAUAUGUAUUUGGUUGAUUGUAUUUGAAUGACCUUUUCAUCUGUUU